AUGGCCGCAUGGUUUUCAUUCUGGCUUGUACUGAGUGGUUUUUCUGUGACAUUUCUCGCCGGUGACAAAUUGCAUCGUUUGAAGUCUGCGGCCUACGACGAACUGUACUCGGAUGCGAGACAUGCGUACAGCCUGGAGAAGUGGAAUGAAGCUGUUGAUUUAUUCGAGAAAGCGAUUGCUGACUACAAUCACGAAAAAGAAGUGAAAAUUCACUGCAGAUCUCGAUGUAGGGAUAGAUUCAAAGCUUCUUCUUCUCAUGACUUGAUAAGUGAUUUCGAGUUAGACUACUAUCGCUACACUAUUUAUUCUCACAAGUGUUCACAACAGUGCAGGGAGAAAUAUCUUGGAAAACGGACAAAGGUUUCUGCAGCAGUGAAGAAUGAUUUUGAAUCAAGGAAGACGUAUGCUUACCUGCAGUUUGCGUACUACAAGGUGGGUCAUAAGUGUAUAUUGUUUACCAUAUGUGUAUUUCAAUUCAUAAACAAAUAACGCACACAGAUGUGGAUUUGUUCAUAUUUUGUCAUGUAUCUUGUUAUGCAAAUGGCAAAUGUCAUUGGCUUCCCCUGGGGUCGGACCCCGGGUUAACCAGGAGGAUUGUAAAAUGGGUGGAGCAGUUGAUAAUUCCCCCCAGGAGUGGGGGAAUAAGAAAAAGUCCUCUGGUUCAACUGCUUCUCAAUGGAAAAUCCCCCUGAUAUCCUAAGCCUCAAAGCCUCACUCCCUUAUUUGGCCUAUACAGGUAUGUGCCGCUGAACAUGGUAUGGUUUUCAAGGUCUUAAGUGUCACACAGGGUAUACAAUUUCACUAUUAAGCAUCUUGAACAGUCUUUUUGGACUGGAAGCCUUUCAAAGAGUGUGAAGACUUGCAAUGAGCGGUCUACAUUAAUGCAAUACCAAUAUUUUUUCCUAAAUAUCCAUUUCCACGAUUUUAGUAGGAAAAAUUACUUAAUUCAGUAUGCAAAACAAUACAAAUCAGGGGCAGAAAGUGGUGUCUCCUGUCUUAAACAGGGUAGCGAAAUGAGCAAGUUUUGUCUUAAACAGGGUCAGGGCUUGAAGGUCUAAGCGGCACAACUCAACAUAGACUUCCCUUGAGUGCCCCCCCCUGGGAAAUUCCCCCCCUUUUCCCCUUUCCUUUGAACUUAAAAGGGAAGGGGAGAAACCAAUUCAUCCCCUUGUUUUUAUCAACAUAUUCCCCUGGUUUGCCCGGGGUCCUACCCCAGGGGGCUGAAGCCGAAAACGUGCAUUACCAUUGGAACAAAAUACACCAUGCAGCUGUCAAGAUGCUUCCAUCUGGAAAUGUCUUAUUGCAAGACUUGUCUGUAAAUAUUAUGUGCCAGAUACACAGUGGAUGAAGAGCAUUGUUGGAAGACUCUGUGUCAAUGAAUAACUAAUUGCAAAUGCAACAGAUAGCUAAGUUCUUUGCAAAACUGUGUGUGCGUUAUUUGUUUAUGUAAUGUCAAAUGUACCCUCCAACUGCCCCCUCAUCAGCUUGCCAAACCUCUAACAAAGACAUUAAGUCUCUCAAUAAAAUUCAUUCUUGUUUCUGUCACAUGCUUUCAGUCUCUUUCAUAGCUUGAUCAGAGACUGAUCAAGGUACUUGAAUGUACAUGUAUGCUAAUGGUACAAAAAUUGUAAACAUGGAUUCAUGAACCCUUAUAAGUGCUUGUAUUCAGUACGCUAUAGCAAAAUGUACUAGACAAAAAAGAGUGAAAUAGAAUGUUUACAAGGGUUCACCUGCAUUAUAUUUUAGGUGGGAAGGUUGGUGGAUGCAGCAAGAGCUGCGUACACAUGCACUGAGAUCCAAGCACAGGAUAAAACCAUGGCUGAGAACGUCCAUAUCUACAGAAAAAUGCCGCGAGUAGAGGAAGCUGGUAUCAAUUCCUUAGAGCCUACAGUACACCAAGAGAACUACUUUAAUGCUGCUAAAUUGUAUGAACAAGAACAGUGGCAUGAAGCCAUCCAGACUUUUGAAGAGGCCUUAAAGGAGUAUUACAUCGCGUAUGAAAAUUGUAAGACUAUGUGUGAAGAGGAACGAGAGCAGAACAAGAUCUUAAGCAGGUCUGGUCUGUUUGGUGUACAUGUUGAUGUCCUGAAAUGUCGCACUAGAUGCCCAGAUAAGCUCAGAAAAGUUAAGGGAAUCUAUGUUCGGAACUAUCUUGCAAGACAUUUUAAUUAUCUUCAGAUGGCUUAUUAUCAAGGUAAGGCAUUGACUUUUUAACACAAAAAAUUUUGCCAAAUUUGAAAUUGUUUUUGCUUUUCUGGUCAGACUGAAAUGGCCAAUAUUUUAGGUAGAGGUUUCUUCUGCAGGUCACAUUUCACAGGUCAUGAUUACAAAUCAUUAUUUUACUCAAAUCAUUCUUUUGCUGAUAGGAAACUAAACCAGAUAGUUUACCAACAUUUUUGAUAGGGAUGAGGGCUCGGAGACACUUCUGGUCCUGUUUAUUUAUGUGUAGUCUGGUGACCAGUAUUCUGACCUGUGGAAUACCUAAUGUCUAUGCUCAGUAAGGCGCUCAUUUGGGUGUGGUUUGAAAGAUCUCUUAAGUUAGGCAUUUAGGUUGUGUAUUUUUGACUGAUGGCAGAUGAGCGAUCUCCGCGGACAAGGGAUGUGACUCCACAUGGCCAUGGGCAGUUGGGAUGUGAAUAGAUCUGGUGGGGGGGAGGCUUUCAAAGAAAGUUUGGGUGUGGGACUGUGCCCCCUGUUUAAGACAAAAGACCUUAUUUCAUGAUCCUGAUUCAUUUCAUUUUGCAUACAAAUUUCAGUAAUUUUUUAAAUCUACCAACCACAAAAUAAUUUGAAAAUAUUGGUACUUACGUGGACUGCUUAUUUCCAACCUUCAAACUCUUUUAAAGGCUUCUGGACCAUACCCUUUUCAGCAGUACAUACUCAUUUAGGCCAAAUAAGGGAGUGGCUCCCAAGGGAAUAGAUUGAGUAAGAAUUUACCAGCGGGAUGGAAAAAUCCUAUGCUGGAAUUAAAGAAAAUGAAUCCAUGAAUCAGGAUGAAUCAAUGAAUCUAUUAAUAGGCUGAUAAUAGCGACAGAAUUGGAAUGUCAGUUGACAACGGGAAAGCAUGCAGAGAGGACUGAAUGAGACUUCCAGUGCCCACUUUGUCACUCUGGCAUUGGUCAAGCCAGUUGUUUGAUUUGCCUGUGCCGUUGUCAACUUAUGUUCCCAUUCUGUUGCUAAAUGAGCCCAUUGAUUGGUCACAACAUUAUACCCAUUUGACAUAGAAAUCCCAGAUUUAAACCUUCCAAGUUUCAAAAUAUUCCUAUCUCUUUUGGGGCCCUAAGAACUCCUUUGGACUCAAUAAGAGGAAGAUAACCAACUGGAUUCCCUGUGUUAUAUGUACCAAUUGCAACCCAUAUAGAUGAUUAUUAAAAUGUGUUUUCCUUUCUCUUCCUUUUUAGGGUUAACAUGCAGGGUGAUCAGCCCCUGUCUGUUGAGUUCAAUUUCUCUUUAUCUCUUAAGGGGGGGGGUGGGGGAGUGGGCUGUUGGGGGUCUACCCAUCUAAGGUUUAUCCUGGGAAGUCCAACCCCAACCCCUUGUCCUAGCUUUUAUAAUACCAUUAAUUUUGUGACAGAAAAGUCACCCCUUUCACAUACUUAGCUUAGAACAUUUCAUCCCUUUUAACUACUGUAAAUGCAUUGUCUUUAAAGAAAUGAAUAAUUUUCUCUACCUUUUAAAAGUCAUAAAAUGCAUCUGUAAGCCCUUUUGAACCUUUUUUACAGACAGAACUGUCAGAUUUCCCAACCUUUCAUAAUAAUUUGAUUAGUGAAAUCCCUACCCUUUCAUAUACCUGAAUCCUGAAAAAGGGUACCUAUUUCAGGCAGAGCCUCUCCAUUGCAGUUAAAUAUCCCUUUUGCAUGGUUUAAUUAAGAGUCUUAUGAUUUCUUUUUCAGUGGAAAAGCUCUGGGAAGCUGCUAGUUGCGCUGCAUCUUAUUUAUUGUUUGAUCCAGAUGAUGAUACUAUGAUUGAUAAUCUCAGAUUUUUUCAUCAUCAGCUUGGACAUGAUGGCAUAAAAAUAACAGCUCGAAGGGUAAAGUUGCAAUAAGCUAUUUUCAAUCAAUUGUUGAUAUCUUUUAUUUCUGUGUUGUGUCCAUGGUGUACAUGUACAUGAGUGUAUAAAAUAUUUCCUCAAACAUGCACAGAAAACUUCUCCUUACAGUAAGUGUCAAGGUUUUCCCAUUCAUUCUUUACAAGACAGAAUUUUUAAAAGUUCCAGACUAUACGCUACAUUGCAUUAAGUUAGUAUAUAGUUAAAGGCCAUUAUUUACUUGUCCUUCAACACUAUACGUGUGCUUUGAGGUCUUCAUUGAGGCGAAAUCCUAUAGUUUGACCAUGCAUUCCAAUGAAAUCUCCCUAUCAGCACUUUAUUGUGGUACUUUUUGUUCUUUAAUACAACAUUAUUGUUUUGAUGUGGAUGAUCAAUAAAAAUUAUUGGAGUGAAGGGAUUUAGGUUUUUAUUUCAAACUUUAUGAGCAUGCAGAUGUUGAUUUUGACAUUGGCAUACAUGUACUAUGCCAAACAAUUAUGCAAUUUCAUCAUUAUGUUAUAUGUUAUAGAUAAAAUAUCUUUGUAUACUUACUCAGUACUCUACUGAUUAUGGGUUAAAAAGGAGUGUUGACUCACACAAGCACAGAUGUCAAAUUAAGUACACAUACAUGUAUACAUCUGUUCAGCUAAUAAUUAAAAAAAUAAUAAUUGGAAAUGUGUGCCUGGCUUAGGUUAUAGCAAUGUACUGUUCCAAACAUACAUUGCUGCAAUAUUUUCCCAGACCAGAGUGGGGAGGGGUGUUGAAGACCACUCAGAACAUCCAUUGUCACAAGUAAUUGUGGUGACACAUUGUUUGAUUUAAGGAUGCCAUUUGCCAUUUCAAAGAAACAGCAAUAGAGCGUAAGCUGCUGCAAAUGGCUGAUGUUUAUAUGGCUGAAGCUGAUUUUGAUGACAGCGAUACAUGGUUUCAUGAUGGAAAAGAUGAUGAACCUGAAGAUGUAAAUAUUGAGGUGAGCUCAUGAAUAAUGUAAAUUAUCUAAAUCUGUAAUGACUUGUGUUCAGUUGGACCUGUAGACCAUUAUAAUUAUGUUACAGGGAAAUGUCUAUCAACUCUUGUACAUGUAGCUACAGUUCCAUCUGGAAGAUUAAUUAUCAUGUGGCUCACUGUCAACUUAAAAAUAUUAAUAAUAUAAUAAUAAAUUUUAAAUUGAACAACAAUGCUAACUAUUAAAAUCUUAUUUACAAUUAUUAAUUUCACUUAAAAAAAUUUCUUCCGUCAAAACACUCUUUACAAUUCCUUUUGUUUAAAAAGACACUUAUUUUUGAUCAGAAAAAAUUCAUUUAAUUUUAAAAAAACUUUUGAAUUAAGAACAUGUCAUUUCAAUUAAAACAAUCCAUUUUGAUUAAAAAAAAAAAAUUUAUAUAAAAUACUAAUAAUAAUAACAAUAAUAAUAACAGGCCAUCUGAUAUUAUGCGAUGGUGUGAUUUCGCACAAUUGACCUCAAAUUGCAUCCGAUGGCACAAUUUGAGGAAAAUUGCAUAAUUCGCAGAAAAAUGUGUAAUUCAAGUAAAGUAAACAAUUAUGAAUUCCAACUUUGAUUAAACAUUUUCCCUAUCUUGAUGUUAUUUAAGGUGAUUUACCACUAAAGAAAGCCUUGCAAGACAUCUGAAACCUUCGAUCGCGGUAUCUGGGCAGCCAUUUUGAUUUCAGAGAUAAGCAGUGUGGUCAGCGGUGUAACGGCAUCAUGUAAUAUUAAACAAGUGUCCUUUUUUUUCUAGGUCAAGAUAAUCGGACAAAUUUGACUAUUUUGUUUUAAAAUAGAUGUUUUAUUAUUCUUUUACAUUCAAAUUGCCCGUGAAACAACAUUCAAGUGGUUUUUCUCCUUUGAAACCUGGUAAAACAAUGUAAAUUAUUCAUAUUUAUCGCAUAAUAGUCCUAUCUUAUCGCACAAUCUACCCUGAAAAUAUCACACAAUUUCUGAUUUUUUAUCGCACCCUAUCAGAUGGCCUGUAAUAAUAAUAAUGUAUCCUCUAUGGGUAGUGGAUGUUAGCCUGAGAUGCGGUCAUGUUAUUCAGAUCAAUGGCAGGGCUAAAAAAAAGUCCUGUCCGCUACUCUCAGACAAGUAGAUUUUCUUGCUGGGCAAGUAAACUUUUAAAUCAAUCAAUCAAAAACUUUAUUAGUUAGAGUGUCUGAGCUUCUAGCUCACCACAAGUGGUGCACUACUUGGUAGAAAACUCACUUGCCCAAUGUUCAAGGGUCAAGGCAAGUCAUCCCCUAACAAAAAUAAUCAUUACCAACGGCAAACAAGAAGUGGCCCCAAGCAGGCAAAAAUGUGUAGGACAGCUUGAACAAAGGACAAGCUGGAAUUCAAGAUUUUUUUGAACCCUGAAUGGAUGACCCUUUUUGACAACUGUCAGAAGUCAAUAAAAUGACCAAAGUCUGAAUGGUGUAUAUUACUUAAUAACGAAGGAUGCGCUGUAUAGGUGAAUGAAUCAUCUGACCAUCCAUCCACACAGUUGAAUGGCUGGCCUCAUAUCUCAGAAGUUUUGUGAUGGAUACAUUUAGGUUACAAGCUAAGAUUUCACUAUCCUUGGUGCUACUAACACUAAUUUUUUUGUAAAUGCACCUACUUUUGGUGCGUGGAACUCUGAUAUAAGUUUGCUACUGUUUUUGGUGUGCAGCUCUACCUAAAGUUUAGUCACUUAUGUUCCUUUGGCAUGAUUAGCUCUGCUGUAAGUUUUGCUUAAUUUAUUCGUUUGUCAUGAGUACAUGCAGCUCUGCUAUACGUUUUGCUUUGGUUUUAGGACUUGAUGCAAGAUGAAGAGAAUGUUUACUCAUUGGAGAAGCUUUGGGGACUGGGGCCCAUCAAGAAAGAAUCACCAGUUCAGAAUCCACAAGAUGUUGUUAAAUUUGACAGAUAUAAGGUGAUCGAAUACUAAGAUCUAUCAUUUUAUUCAACAUCAUCAUUAUCGAUACAAUGUACCUUGAGAGAAACACAGAACAUAGGACUUAGAAUCAAUCUAGUUGUGUUGUGCAUCUAAGACUUUGUGGUUUACAGGGGUUAUAUAGGGGAAUAAAAAGUUUAAGUAAACAGCUGUUUUGAGGAGAAAACCUAUAAGGUUUCAGCAACAUUUGGUAAUUUUGGGUGAAAAGUAGUCAACUUAUUAAAACAAAUUAAGGAGCCAAUGCUUUAUGUUGGCUGUUAGUUCUUACUGAAAAUGACAUUCUUCAGACGUCAUUUUGCAAAGAAACCAGUGUUGGCUAGAAAAAUGUUGGCUGUUUCUCAGGCUAAGGAAUGUUGUAUCCACACUACCAGUGUAGGGGGUUAUCUGAACUUUCUUCUUUUCUCUUCUAUGUAAAGGGGUCAAGGAUCUUAAUGACUGAGAAAGAUUUGAAUGGGACUGCAAGGGUUGCAGUGGAUGGCAUGGCAACAGAAGAAGAAUGUAAAAUGCUUAUCAAACUUGCUGAGGUAUGCAGUUCGUUUUUUUCACCUUAAUCCCUCCUUAUUUGUUUAAUGCAUUAGAUCUUCACCAUGAGUUUGCAUCACUGUUUGAUUCACACACGUACAAGGCUGCAUUCUCUCAGGGUUCGUAACUCAAUCAAUAUUCCUGAAAAAUUACAGGUGUUCAUUGGUCCUGAGUAUGGUGAUCGAUAUUAUAACACUUAUCAUCCGAUUUUAUUUCUUUUCAUUAAAGACCUUGAAAGAGAUAAAUUAAAAAUUAUUCAUUCAAUGCAGCACAUGAUGUGCGAGAAAAAGCAACUUGAUAUUAAAUGCACUGUAAUGAUAUAAUUUAUUUCCAAUAUUUCCCGUCAACUCUUUCUAAUCAGACACUUCUCUGCAAGAAAAAAAAUUUAAAAGUCACAUUAUAAAGUCCCACUCAGAAUGAUAAUUGCUCUUAUGAAUAACACAGAAGUCAUUUAAAAUUAUUCUCAAAGUUGUUAGCAAAAUCUCAUUAUGUACAUAAACAAAAUAUGAAGAAAAAAUUUAAAAAAAGAGUAGUGGUGAAUGUAUUAAAUAAAAUAAUUAUUAUCUAUAAAUGAAUGAAAAUACGUUAACAAUAAAAAAUGAAUGAUCAACUAUUCAAAAUUAUCACAAUUUUUGAAUUUAAAUGAUUUAAUAUUAAAUUUUUUUUGUUGUUUACCACACUGAUUUUGUGCAAGUAAUUUUUGACAUUCAAUUUAUAGUUCAUUACUUGUCUGCAGGUUGUAUAUUCAUAUUUCACAUUUUCAUGUUUUAAAUUAUUUUGUUUUCAUUUAGUGACUACACAGAUUUUGCUGCCUCCUUAUUGUAAGCAAUAGUAAACGCAAACCACAAGCUGGCAACUCUCAUUAAGAUUUUGCAAGAAGCUAGUUGUGUAUUCACAUAAAAAAAUUCGUUACACCACUGUUAGUAGCGUGUUACCCUAAGGGCCUGUUUCCCGAACGUCCGGCUAACUUUUGAGGCCCAGAAAGCUGUUUUGGAUUUGUUAUGUGUGCAUUCAAGAUCAAAGUUUCAAUAAUUUUGAAACUAUAUGUGAUACAACUCACAAAGGCAGCUUCCCUUUCCCCUCCCCACCCCCCUCCAUUGGCAGCGCUAGUUUUCUAACCAAUGUAUGCCACAAUACUUCUUGUAUGGUUGUUGCCAGCUUGUGACGUAAAUAAUCUUAAACAAUAACGACAUGACCCUCUUAAAAUUAUUAAAUCAAGAUUUUCACCAAAGGCACUGUAAUAAAGUAAGACGAUUGAUUAUAAAAACAGAGCUUGGACGAUAUUCAACAAAACUGGAUUCUAAGCCAUUUUCAUUUUGGCCAAGACUAAUACGUUAACACUCUGUGCUAUAAACAAUGUCAAAAAGGCUUGAAGGACAAACUGGAAAACGUAAAAUGUGCGAUGUACUUGAAAUAACCCAGCUACAAAGGAAUCUAAAUGUGAACUGUUCUUCUUAAACCUCGGUCUGAGUUAAAAUUAUUUACCGCGUGUUUUCUUAAUUUGCCGGUAAACCAUUGUAACGAACUGAAAGGUACUUGAACUAAAUCUUGAAGAAGUUAGCAAAUUGAAUUAAAAAGUGUUUUAAUCAAAUCGUAUUUUUUGUUAUGUCUUUGCAGUGGUCUUGCCAUUGCAGAAAAUGAUUUUUCAAUCCACCGUAGAUAGAUUUUAGGAUAAAGAUUCAUUCUUUGAUAAGUUUCAAUUAGUUACCCCCGUAGCAUCUGUACCUAAAGGAGUUCUGUACACGACCUCUUGUUUGGUCUCUUCGUUUCCAUGUUACCGCGAGGUCUUACUGUUAAAAUACUCAAUGUGUUCAGCUUAUUAUUUUGGAAAGUGUUCAUUAAUCAGGAACUGUGGUAGUAUUGAAAUGAAAUUAACUAACAAUUUCAAAGUAAAGCCUAAAAACUUCCAACGGAAGCCUCCUUUAAGCUUCAGUAAAACGGGCAACAAAGACCUGCAACUUGUUUUGCAUCAUUGCUGCAAAGCGAGUUGUAACGUGAUGCUGCUGUAAACAACCUGAUUUGUUACAAGACAGGUUUGAUGUGGGUGGUUAAACGCGCAACAUCGCUAUUCAACUUGUUUUGAAGCAAUGUUGCAGGACAAGGUGCAUGUUUUUUGUUGCCCUUUUUUCCGUACCUUAAAAUAACGAGUGUUGCAACUGAGACCGCCUUCAGUUAAAUCGGACGGUCGAAUUACGCAGCUCAGUCGGUGGUGGUUGAUGUUUUUAGUCGCUUGAACUUCAAUGGAAUUUUCCUUUUUGUCCCGUUAAAAAAGCUCACUUGCAUUUUAAGUAGUGUUCUUCGGGGAAUCAUACUAAAUUACCUAAUUUCAAACCGAGGAGGGCUGGGUACGAGUCCGUUUAUUAUGGGAUAAACAACACCAGAGCCACAAGGACAUAAAGAGCACAUUGAGCUAAGGAAAAUUCUCAUGUCUGGUGUUAAUCGGGUGAAUAUUGACCAAGAUAGAGCUAUUUAAAAACUUGAAAAUUUACUAAGAAAUGUAUGGAUUGCCGGACACACUGUUCGGACGUCUUAGCAUAACCAUGACUCCUGAUAUUUCGUUGUAAAUUUUUGAGUAGCUAUAUCUCGUUCAAUAUAUGCCCGAUCAACACCAAAGUUGAGGAUUUUGUAAAUCUCGGUUUCCUCCUUCUGACUUUAGGGGGUCUCUUGUUGUUUAUCCCAUAAUAAAAGAUCUCCUACCCAGCACCCCUCGGUUUUGAAAUUGGUCAAUACAGAGCUUCUUCUUCUCGUCGAAGGCUUAGGUACUGGUGAGAUACGUCGAGCUGCCAAAAGUCGCCGUCAUGAACACUCGUCUGAUCAACAUUACGUAUUUGGAACGAAGUUACCGUUGGGAAUAUUUCAACAGUCAAUUUGAAAGCGGAACUUUGAUUUUUCUUAAUAAACUAUCUGUUCCCGUUUAAUUAAAGAAGUUUCCUCGAUGAUAAGCGCAACGCGCUGAGUAUUUUAACCGUUUUGCAAUGAAAAGUGCCAAUCCAAUCGGUUUGUGAGGGUCAUGUCGCGCUAUACAUCUGGGUCUUGAUCUGUUUGGUCUGUUCUAGAAGACAGCUAAACUUGGAGAUGGUUAUGAUGGCAGAAACAGUGGAGACAAACCGUUUUCUUUUACGGAGAAGGAAACAUUUUCCGGUGUCAAUAUAUUGUCUGCGACAAAGGUAAGUGGCAAUCAUUAUUUCAACCAAUCAGGUUUUUGUUUUUUGUUUUUUCUUUUCUUUUGUCAGACCGAAGGUACCGUUUAAGCAAAGGAAAAUUUAUCGGUCUGGACUAGUCAGUGUAGUUUGCUUUAAAUUGACUCAACCGGUUUUAAACGAAAAUUUGUAUUUCAUUGGAAUGUCUUAUCCUAAACAGUGGUUUCCCUACUUUUUCAACCAUGGGCAAGUUUCACAUACCGUAGUUUCUCGGUAUGUUCGACUAAUAAGGAUGGGAUUGGUGGAACGUAUUCUUCGGGAGGGCGUUUAUAAGAGCAUGGGCGCUUGUUCUUGGAAAUAAGGUAACGUUACGUCGGUUGUACCUUUACGUCUGGUAUAAAGGUAACGUUUGUCUAUACGGCUUUAAAUCCUAGCAUAUAACGAAGGGCCAAAGGACUCGCAAAAUUUGUUCUCUAUGACGAGGUUUCGUCAUAUCGAGGCCGUCUAUUUUCAUAUAAUUAUUUGACCAUCAGGAGAGUUGAAAACAUCGUUCGUUAUACCGAGGACCUCGUUUUAUAGAUUUUCGUUGUAUCGAGGUUCCACUAUUUUUUGUGUUCCCUAAUUAGCAUAGGUUUUUAACCUAAGCUAGGAGGCUUCUUUAGACACCUUAAUAAAGUUUCAUCAUCAUCAUCAUGUAUCUAGGAGUGUCUUUUAAUGUGUUUAUUUACUUUCCAUUACUAUAGGCAGCUCUUAACAAAAGGGCACCAAUUGAAGAGGUGGAGCUUUACUUCAACUUAAGCGAGAAAGUUCGUCAUUUUACUGAAGAUUAUUUCCAGCUGGAAACACCACUGUAUUUUUCGUAUACGCAUCUUGUCUGCCGCUCAUCGAUUGUAGGUGAGUUUUUUUUUUGUUUUUUUUGGGGGGGGGGGGGGUGGCAACCUCGUUACCACGAUACGGUCACUCUUACGCACGGAGUUGCAAAUGGAGCUGGAUUUUGUAACUGGAUUCGCAAAUCCAAGCAUGGCUAACAACCAUUUGUCCUUGACGCCCGGCAGCUGUUUAAAACGUGCCUAUAACGUAGCAAUAUUUAUCUUAACUAAAAGAACACAAUACUUCAAGAACUUCAAAGGAAUUUCGCGUUUUGAACAAACUUAGAUUUUUUAAGAUUUUUAUUAUGGUACACCCGCACAAAAUGACAAAGUUCAAUAACGUACUGUUGUUUCUGAGCGUAAAUCUCUUCGUCUAGAAACAUCACAUUCUUUAACACUGCGGCCAUACACAAAGCGCAGUCCACAGCUUAAUAGGGUCUGUGGUAAGAGAAAAAUUGAAGUGUGUUUGUUUUCACAUUCAGACCCGAAGUCGCCCGAUGAAGAAUUCCACUUAAGUCACCCUAUUCAUUCGGACAACUGUAUCCUCAAUCGUGACGGACAAGGCACUUGCCCUAAAAGGUCGCCAGCUUACACUUGGAGAGACUUCAGGUAUGUACAAUAAGCCAACGCUUGUUUUUGUCUUAAACUAUCUUAUUCUGAGUUAGCCUGAGCAUCAGGCUUUUUUAGCGGGGAGGGGUGAGGCGAGGAGAGAUCUUCACUCCCCUAGCUAUCCCCUGAGAAACAGGGAUGUGGCUACCCUGGUCCCAGAGGUUUUUCUUGAUUUUUCUUCGCGAAAGAGAUCAAGAGGAAGCCGCGAAGCGGCGACAACGAGUCGCGAAAGCGACGAGGAGAGAGAGAAAAACCUCUGGUUACCUUGGCCUCGAAUCUCACUUUCAUGAGACGACAGCUGUCAAACGCGUCAAAUUGCCAAUAAAAGGAGUGACCAAUGGCAACUUAGCAAACACGUGCUUAUCAGCCGCUAUUUUUUUAAGUGGGGGUAGACCUGGGGAAAUUAUGUUAUGAACAAACCAUCUCCACUUGGGUGGUAAAGAGUGAUUUGUUAAUCGGGGUCAAGCUAAAGCAUGUGUUAACGAUGGGCGACAAGAGUCCAGGAAUAAGAAGACCACUUUAUAAAGAAACCGACAUUGUUCCAAACGACUGCUGCAGGAUUUGCAGAAUUUAUGUAAAAGUAAGUGGCCGAUCUAAAAUCAACUUUUUUGGGUAUAAUAACAAGGACUUUUCACAAACAUUGUCAUCUGUUCUGUCGGCAGUGUGCCAGCGGGAAGUUGUAAAGUUUGCACGAGUCUAUCAAUCACGCUUAUUGCAUUGUUUACUUCUGCGGGGCCCGCCGUUCGCGUCGAUUCGCGGGCAUUCCCUUCAAAAUAGUAAUAUUAAUAUGUAUUCUGGCAAUCUGGCUCGCAUUUUGGUUUGGCGGCUCCAUUUCCUUUUUUUGUGGAACAACGACGCUAGGAAGAGUCAUGCAGCACAACAAACCCUUAAUGUUCGGAAUGUACUUUCAGAGGUUUUUGUUGACCCAAUAGACCUAUUCGGCUAACUCAAUGUUGUACCCAAUUCAAACCCUUUGGGAAUAAAACGUUUUGUUUCAGGAAUUUCCAUAUCAUUUAACUGUGAAUGCCACAUUAUAAUGCAAAUGCAAUACACAAAGAAUCUUAUCCCCGGGAGAUUUGAAUUGGGUACAACAUUGAGUUAGCCGAAUAGGUCUAUGCCAAAAAUAACGUUGGUUAGAUCUUUUUUGGGCGUCACAGGAAAAUCAAGCUGCACCGAAAAUGUUUACGUAGUUGUACAAAGUUGUAUGUUUUUUUUCCUACAAGGAAACUUUCAUUCCGUAUUCGGAGAUUUUAUAUUUUGCAGCCCUAAACAAGUUACUUUAUUUAAUGGGAUGACAGUAUUGUAACAGAAAAUAUACUUUCCAUGUCCGGUUGAUAAAAUAGUGAACACAUCCUUUCGACUCAACGCAGCGAACAAAGCUUUCUUUUGUUGUUCAGGGAGACUCAGGAAAGCGCUCAUUAAGUACCGAGGUCAAAAUUUCUUCGAAUAUUCUUUCAGGAACAACAUCCAUGUCAAAAUCUCGAAAUAUGGCGUGCCUUUACUUGCCUUGGUCCCGUGCAAAUGUUAUUGCGAGUGCAGCAUACAAACAAUUUUCUUCCCUAGUAGAGAGAGGCAAAAUGAGGUGUGAAAAUCCUCAGCGUCCCCUCGGUAGUUACAAUUAAACGAGCCGAUCAAAUUGGUUUGCGUGUUUGAAAAACUAUCAACCAAUCAACGCCCGAGGGUCAGAUCCUGACCCUGUCGUCUGCAUGAAAGUGAGAUUCGAGGCCAAGGUAACCAGAGGUUUUUCUCUCUCUCCUCGUCGCUUUUGCGACUCGUUGUCGCCGCUUCGCGGCUUCCUCUUGAUCUCUUUCGCGAAGAAAAAUCAAGAAAAACCUCUGGGACCAGGGUAGGAUGUGGCUGUAGUGAUGAUUUUUUUUGGACCAAAUCCUAGCACGUAAACAUUCAAAUAAAAGCUCUCCAUCACCCCGGGUCAUUCCAAAAAUGAUUAAUUUAAGGGCCUUAUGAGUCAUAUUUAAAGCGAAAUUGUGUUGUCUAGGAAUUAUGGACUUCCACCGUCACUAAGGCAUUUAUAAUACUGUGAAGCCUUUAGUAAGAGACCCGGGCUAUGCUACAUAAUUCAAAGUGAUACGAGUCUUACUCUAGGAAGGCGGUAAACAGCCUUCCAGCUUCUGGGCCCAACAUUUUAUAUGAAUUGAUUGUAUUUUUUAAGUGUUGUUGAUUUUUUUCUUUCAUUCGUAUAGACUUCUUUUACUUAUUUAUGAACUGUUUGUUGUUGUUCGUAGUGCGCUGUUGUAUCUGAAUGGUGACUUCACUGGAGGAGAGUUUCUGUUUGCUAACUUUGAUGAAUCUAUUCAGGUAUAGACCGAUGUUGAGAAACGAUGCGUGCUUGUUUACUGAUUCUUUCUGUAAAACGGCUUUUUGCCACACGUUCUAAACGGACACUUCACGUCAAAAAGUGUACGCGGUGGAGUUCUCGUUUAACGUGAAGUCAAACUGUGGGAUAUGAUAUUUCUGUUUGUGGAAAAAGUUGAACAUUAAAAAUUCUAUGUUUUCAAACUACACUAGUCUUAAGAAAGGAAGUGGUUAGGAUAGAGGUGGGGGCUGAGGGCGAAGUAACCAGAUUGUCAAAGAGGAAAAUCUUUGUAGCCCUUUCAAAUGUCAAUUUUCUUCUCUUCGUCAGGUCUCCUCGAAACUGUAGUUAACUCGGUAUUCCGAAUUUGCUGUUGCUUUCAAACUCACCAUUUGAUCUUCAAAAUCUUAUACUUGAAAAUCUACCCGGCUACUUUCCAGUUCUGUGCGUUUUGAAGGACGAAUAUUUUUACUUAUGUUCUCUAUUAAUUGGAGAAGGUAGUUAGUUUUUAAUCAGCAUGACAGACGGACGGAUGGAAAGUAAGUCAUGUGGUUCUGUUUAAUUAUCAGGCCAAACUGAAACCAGAAUGUGGAAGAGUUGUAGCAUUCUCAGCUGGCCUAGAGAAUCUGCAUGGAGUUGCUGGAGUGCGCGAGGGUCGCAGAUGUGCGCUGGCACUGUGGUUCACUUUACGAAAGAAACACGACGAGGCGCAACGACAUGAAGCUUGGAACAUUUUUAAAAUGGCCAAGGAACAGAAACGGCUGGAACAGUUGCCUGUUUUCACUCCUGAAGUAGCGACACACGUAGAGUUGUAGUUUUCUAGUCCAUGCUCCGACGU